UCAAGGUCGCGACGCUCGUUUCCGCAUCAGCGACGUCCGUUUUUCCAGUUUCAUUCUUUCGCUCAAGCGCCCCAUAAACAUUUGUCCAGGUGAUGUAAUUUCAACCCCAAAUUUUGCACUUUUUGUGUGAAAAUUCACGUCCUCACAUCGAUUAGUGUGACUGUGUGUCGGUUAGGAUGAUUGUUAAGCUACCAGAAGAACUCGCAAAAUUCUGUAAUCCUUCCAAAGGACUUUCCAGCUCGUUAGCGUUCAGGCGUCUUCGAACUGCUUCAAUAUGGUGAUUAAUCCGGCCUCGUUUUCCUUAGAUCGCCAAAACGGAUAAGCCCACGUGCCAUGGAUAAGAUGUGGAAUGGCCACUCAACCAUAACAUAGACACCAUGAUUGUCAACGCGAUGGCAUCACACUCAGCUACCAUAGCGACUCUCCCAUCAGCACUCCCCAGCUUGAUCCAGAACAUCAGCAGCCUCAACCAGAGCAACAACGUCACGUCUCUUGAGAACCUGAACCCGCAUUGGACGGACCUGUUGCUGAUCAUCGUCAAAGGCUUCAUCUUCGCCACGAUCAUCGCCGGCGCCAUUCUGGGCAACGCCUUAGUGAUCAUCAGUGUGCACAGACAUCGCAAGCUCAGAGUGAUCACUAAUUACUAUGUGGUGAGCUUGGCAAUGGCUGAUAUGCUGGUGGCGCUGUGCGCGAUGACUUUCAACGCCAGCGUCGAACUGACCGGGCACUGGCUGUUUGGCAGCUUCAUGUGCGACGUUUGGAACAGCUUCGACGUGUACUUUUCCACCGCCAGCAUCCUGCAUCUCUGCUGCAUCAGUGUGGAUCGCUACUAUGCGAUAGUGCGCCCCUUGGAGUACCCGAUCACCAUGACCCAUCGGACUGUCUGCUUCAUGUUGGCCAACGUGUGGCUGCUGCCCGCGCUGAUCAGCUUCAUGCCCAUCUUCCUCGGCUGGUACACCACUGACGACCACCUGCUCUACGCCAGCGCCCAUCCGGACGUCUGCAUGUUCGUCGUCAACAAGUACUACGCAAUCAUUUCCAGUUCGAUCAGCUUCUGGAUACCGGGCACCCUGAUGGUGACGAUGUACUUUCGCAUCUACAAGGAAGCCAUCCGGCAGAGGAAGGCGCUGUCGCGCACCUCCUCCAACAUCAUCCUCAACUCGAUCCACCAACAUCGAACAUCCUACCGCGAACGCUACAGUGAUCGGUAUAGUGAACAGUAUCUCCAUCCAGAGGUGGAGCUCACGGUGGGAGAAAUCAAUGGCGCGAGGAGAAGCACGAGCUCGGGAUCAGCAGUGUCGUACGGCACCACCAUUACGGAGUUCAACACUUUGAUGAAUACGCGGGAUUGCAGCAAAGCGGCCACCGAACUCAACCUAAAUGGUAAGUGA